AUGAAUAUAACAAACUUCUCAGUCUACGCACACAAACCUUGUUUUCUACUGGAAUGGCCGAACGCCAGGAUUCUCUUGGAUACCCCGUUCGAUUUCACUCCCUUUUUCAGUUUUAUGCCACAUGUUUAUCAAUGCCCUCGAAUUAAAAAUGCGCACAUUGUCAAAAAAUUCGGAAUUCCUUAUUUGAAAGAGUUGGGAGGUCGGUUUUAUGUCGAAGGACCGCCAGAGAUUUUUCAUACAGACACAAUAAAUAUGGAAACAAUUGACGCAAUCUUGGUAUCCAAUUACGAAUCGUUCACCGGCCUCCCGUUUUACACAGAAAAUACCGGAUUUUCAGGCAAAAUCUAUGUCACUGAAAUCGCGUUUCAGUAUGGAAAACUUCUAAUGGAAGAACUGCUGGAAUUUAUGGAGCGAAUCGAGGCAAGGCCUGAAGAUAAAAAGUGGAAGAAGGAGGAGGUUUGUGGAAAAUUCUCGAAUCCGCCAUUCCAGAAUCCUGCCGAGUGGCGGCCGUUCUACACGACGGAAGAUAUGCACAGAUGCCUCACGAAAGUUAUCACAUUGAGUUUUAAUCAGACUAUUGACAUAUUCCGUAUCAAAAUAACACCCGUCGUCUCCGGUCACACAUAUGGUUCCGCCUACUGGACAUUCAAAACUGAAAAUGAGAAUAUCGCAUAUCUGACCGCCUCGAAUCCCAACGCAACCGAUGUCAAAUUAAUGGAAAUCGCUCCGUUGAGAUCUGUUGAUUAUAUACUUGUGACGUCAUUAAGUAGACUAAUUGAUACAACUGUACAAGCAAUGGGUGUUGGUUUAACAAGAACAAUCACUGAAGUUCUGAAAAAUCAUGGAUCAGUUAUCCUUCCAAUGUGUCCCAUCGGACCGAUUUUCGAACUGGUUGAAGCGGUUUCUGAUGUUAUUUCUGCAACGCCCGGAAUCUCCAUGGACACGCCCAUUUAUUUCAUCUCCCCUGUUGCUAAAUCAGCCAUAUCAAUGGCCAGUAUUAGUGCUGAAUGGAUGUCAGAAUCACGUCAAAAUGCUGUAUAUUUACCAGAAGAACCGUAUUCACACAACCAACUCAUUCGAUCGGGAAGACUAAAAAUAUACGAUUCGUUGUAUGGAAACUUCUCGAAAGAGUUCAGAACUCCGUGUAUUGAUUUGAAGGCGUUCUGGAUUCGAGACCAGAGACUUGUCCAGUUGAAUCUCAAAAAAUAUUGUAAUAAUCGUCGAAAUUCUGGGAGAAAACCAUACUGGUCAAGGCCAGACCCCGACUUGCCAUGCGAAGAAGUCCGCGAGCCGUUCCGCACUCUUCCCAUCAAAUUUCUGAAUAUUCCAAUGGAUUUCCGAAUGGAUUUCAGCACUUUGGCGAAAAUGUUGGCUGAUGUCAAACCAAAGUACGUAAUGUGUUCCUCAUUCUACACAAAACCAUUGAUUCGACGACCGGAUUUGCAGAUCAGUUAUGAAAAAGUGUGGCCGAUAGAGUACGACGAAUGCGUGCAGCUAUCGAAACUGUCGCGAAACAAACAGAAGCUUGUCACAGUGUCUGUACAUCCGGAUGUCGUCGCAAAUCUGAAAUUCAAGCAACAUCCGACGAGAAAAGUGGCGAUUGCUUCAGUGGAAUGCAAUCUUUCCGCAUAUAAUGAUGAUUUUAAAUUGAUUCCGACGAAUUCGAGAAUUGUGAAGAGAAAAUAUGGAAAAAUGACGUUGGCAAAGGUGUUGAAAGAGAUGAAAAAUCGAAAUUUGGAUGUGGUUGAGGUGAAAGGAAAAGGAGAAACUGUACUGGAAAUUCAGGAGAUGGAUGCAAAAAUUACGGUGAAAAACGACGGAACUCGCACUAAAAUUACGGCCAACGAUAACGAAACCCGCCAAAAACUGCUCGAAAUUUUGCGCUCACUGCUGGUCGAUGACGAUGGAAUCGUUGGACGACGACUCGAGGGAACGCCUUCUCCGUUUUCGAAACCCUCUGUUCAUAAAUAA